AUGUAUGGAUACCCGAUGAGCCAUUCUAAUGCAAGAAAACCCUUCCUCGUGGGGAACAAACAAAAGCACACAGAAUUGGGAACCCUCACACUCGGCGGCAAGAACGAGGUGUUCCUCAUCCUAGCGCAGGGAAUCAAUCAAACCCAUGACGGAAGAGAAAGAGCCCCCCGCCCCAUGCCGUGUGAAGCUUGGCAAACCGGUAGAGUCCGCGGUUCAUCCAUACCGAAAGGUCAUGUCAAAUGUCUCGUCCGCCUUUCCCAAUCUGUCGUUACCGGCAGCAAAGAACGGGUUAGCCUGCGCCGUACAUGCCUCCCCAAAGAAAAACUCCCCCAUCUUCUGUCAGAAAUCACAUCUCACAAUCUCAUUACUCCUGAACCCCCCGGUUCUCUUUGA